AUGCAAGCUGCCGACAUUCCUCGCAGCUACAAGGAGGCAAUGGCCACACGUUGGGUGAUCCGAGGAAAUAUUUAUAAUAGGCACGAACAUCUCUUUGGUGACAAAUCCGCACUAGCUGUGACAUCCUCCACGAAAUUAAUUCUGUCCGCAGCAGCCGCGCAUUAUGGCUGGUUUGUGGCACAAACUGAUGCUAUCACUGUAUUUUCGAACGGAAAGCUUUCUCAGCCGGUUUAUAUGAAGCAGCCGACUGGGUUUGAACAAGGCGAGCGCGGCGUUCUUGUAUGUAGAUUGCGGCAAGCCCUCAAUGGCUUAGAAGCAUCUGCCCGCAUCUGGUACAAUACUCUUUGACAGCGCUCGGAUUCCGUGUCAGUCCCUACAAUUCAGGACUCUUCAUAUAUACGCCAAGGACAGAUCUCUAUAUGACUGCACA